GUAAAUGAUGACAGAAUUUUCAUUUUAAGGUGAACUAUCCCUUUAAAACAUUUCAUUCUGUAUAAAUAUGAAUCACAACAACAUGCAUACAAAAUAUAUGAAGUUAUAUACAGCAUUUUGUCACAUUAGAUUAAGUGAAAGUCCAUUAGCUACACAGGUACAAAUGCAGAAAUAUAGGCUAUAAUAUAUUAUUUCAUAUUUGUAUAAUUGUAGUUUGUGUUGCUCUCAAAAUACAAUUAUAAAUGCUAACAAUAGCAUUUUAAUAAAGUUGUAUUCUCACACAUAUUAUAGUUGUGUGUGAUUUUGUUGUAAUUUUUUAACUAAAGGGGCACCACAGUUAAAGUCCACUUGGGGCACACAUGGCCAGCAGCACCCCUGAAUACUGUAAUUUCUUGCUUUCUUUACAAUUUAUCAGUUAUUUUUCUCAAAUGAGACCGCUUGAUGAUGACCUAUACAAACGACGAGGCAGUUGUAGUUCCCAGCCGUUUCCCAUAUUACAGCGUUGUCGUGCUCAGUGAGUUAAAUGAAAUCACACACAGUAUAAUCAAUGUAGGUUCAUGUAACACUUCACAAUUCUGUUUUUCCUCUCUUUUUUCGAUUUUACAUUUGCUAAAUUAUGACUUGAGACUUUUUAAUUUUUUCAUUUGAGUGUCCCAGAGUGCUUCAUUUGCAUGUUAAAUUCUCAAUUUUUCUCUUGGCGAGAGGCCCGCAGACCCCCUUAAAAGGAUUUUAUUUAGAACCUUGGCACCUUUUUCACUUCUUGUGAGUUUGCAGGUAUGAGUGUUACAACCCUACGCUUUCUCUUCUUGCCUUCUGAAGGUGGGAUGACCUCGGAGGGUGUGGUUGAUUGUACACCCCUGCUGAGUUGUAUUUAGAGGCAGUGAAAUGCAGUACUGAGCAUGAGGACACAGUGGUAGCUGCGGAAGAGUUUUAGAAAGAGAACAGCAGUUAGCUGUGCAAAAACUGGAAUUUGAGAGGGGAAUGAAAGAGUGUUUCUUAGUCACAUAGUUAGCUUUUGUGAUUCAUUGAUGAUCAUAAUUGGUGCCCCACUUAAUGUUUUGUUUUAAAAAGUUAUUGUAUGUUAAUAUGUUGUUCUAUAGCUGACAAUCUACAUUUCUUCUUUUUUAUAGAAUGUAUCAUAUCGUGGAGUUUGUCAAUUCAAAUGAGGUUGAAGUUGUCCACUCUAAUUGGCUGGAAGGAGGUGAAAGUUUCUGGCCCCCUUUUGUAUCUCUUGCAAAGCUCCGUAGGGCAACUAAAGAUGGGGUGAUGCCAGGUGCUGACUGGAAUCGAUUCAGAGUCCGUGUGAUGUAUUCACAUGACGUGUAUGAGAUUGCCUGUGCAAAGCUGCUAGAGGCAACAAUUACCUCUGAUCUAAAUACUGAAGAUGAGGACAACAGGCCAGAGUACAUGAAGAGAAAGAAUAGAGGAUGUAAAAGAAUUGUAAGCAGCAGUGAAGAGGAGGAAGAGGAGCAGGGAAGGACCGCUGCACUUCGUGCCCCAACCAAAAAGAAAACUUACACACAACUUGCACCAGCCCCCUGCAUCCCAUCUCUUGGUGCUCUAGGUGAAUGUAGUCAGCCAGCUGCUCAAGGUUUUUGGUCCCCAGGCCAUAUUUCAGAGACCCCUUCUGAUGCAAACAACUCGUCAGCAAGUCCAUGGGCUUCUCACCUUUCAGCGAACAUCACAGCGCCUAGUCCACCACAGUGGUCUCCAGUCUCCACUACCAACAGCCUGAGUGCUACGCCUACUGACACCCCAACACAUGCAGCAGCUAGCAGAAGUCAGUCAUCAGACCAAACUGGAUUUCAAACCACACCACCCAUACAUGGCACACAAAACCAGUCUUGUGAGGAGGCUGUGCCCACAGGUAGAAAUUCUGUAGGUCCGCAGGCUUCUCCCCUUUCAGCGAACAUCACAGCGCUUAGUCCACCACCGUGGUCUCCAGUCUCCACUACCAACAGCCUGAGUGCUACGCCUACUGACACCACAACACAUGCAGCAGCUGGCAGAAGUCAGACAUCAGGCCAAACUGGAUUUCAACACAUCCCACCCUUACAUGGCAUACAUAACCGGUCUUGUGAGGGGGCUAUGCCCACAGGUAGGAUUUCUGUAGGUCCUUGGGCUUCUCCCCUUUCAGCGAACAUCACAGUGCCUAGUCCACCACCGUGGUCUCCAGUCUCCUCUAUCAACAGCCUGAGGGCUACACCUACUGACACCCCAACACAUGCAGCAGCUGGCAGAAGUCAGACAUCAAUCCAAACUGGAUUUCAAAACACACCACAAGUAUAUGACACACAACACAGGUCUUCUCGGGAGGGUGUGCCUACAGCAAUUGCUAAGGAGAUCCUCAUCCAGCUCGAUUCUAUUAGAGAGCAGCAGUUGCUCAUCCUGGUGCAGCUCCAAAAAAUCUCCAGCAGUCAAACAGUUCCAGACUUCACGCCAGACCCAACACAUUUUGGGCUCCCACUUUCAACUAUUGAAGAGUUACAAUGUUUGGAGG